AAGAUGUAAUCAUAAUUAGUAAUGGGUUCUCUGUUGAAGAUUGUUGUGGAAUUGUACCAUCAAUAUUAGGCUGAAUAUUAUUUUAGUAUUAAUAGAAAAUUUGUUGGUUUCCACUCAAUUACUCAAAGCUGAUCCAUACUAGGUCAGCUGCCCUACUGAUUUUUUAUUUUUUAUUUUCAAAAUGAUGUUGUUUUGAUAUGUGUGUGUGUGUGUGUUUUUUUUUUUUUUUUUUUUUUUUUUAUUAAAUAGCAUGAUAGUUUUUAACGGUAGAAAAGUUGUGCAAAGAACUAGUAAGAAUUGUCCGCCAUCUAAUUUUUGUGGAGUGGAUGAUCCACCGAAUUCAUUGUUGACUUUGAUUGAUUAGGUGAAACGGUUCUGUAAAGUUUGUUUGUUCUUACAUGUUGUGUGGUUAUAAUAGUAAGUUUGUGUUAGCCAUGCAAUUUGUACUGCAUGGCAAUAUUAUUCUACCACUCUAUAAAUGGAGGCUUGAUAAGUGUUUCCACUUUAUCAAAUUAAAAUGAAGGAAAUUUAGUACUAGCAUGUAUGGUUAUGGAUGUGUCAAAUAGGCUUUCUGCAAUUGCCACAAAAAUGGGACAACUGUAAAAUGAAAUUAAAGAACAUUGUGCAAGGAAAGAAGUGCAUGCUCGUGCUACAAAGUGGGUUUCCUUCUUUACAAGAUCCAUUGUUCCAACACUUAUAGAAAGAAGUUUAGCGCUCUACGGUGCUUUUUAAUUUCAUUUUGCAGUUGCCUCAUUUCGGCAACAAAAGCCUGUUUGACACUAACUCUAUGUGCUAGUACUAAAUUUCCUUAUUGAGCCUCCGUAUAUAGAAUGAUAUAAGAGUAAUAUUACCAUGCAUACAAAUUGCAUGGUUGGCACAAUUCUUACUAUUAUAUAUUUAUAUCCAUACAACCUGUAUAAACAAAUAAACUUUGCAGAACCAUUUUACCUAAUCAAUUGUGGUGAAAUUAGCAAUGGAUUCGGUGGAUCUCAAGAAUUGGAUGGCUAGCAUAUAUAUACACACACACUUCCUUUUCAAACUCAAUUAAAAUUGCGGUCUGCCUUGAAUCCUUGAGUGCUUUCAACCAAGACACUGAGAGGUGACCUCUAAACUCUAGACAGCAAAGUCCAGACCACCAGCGAAGACAGCUGAAAUCCUUUGCAAGUCUGGACACAGCAAUGCAAAACAAUGUUUGGGGGAAAUGGCGCACAUUCAUCUCUUCCAAAAAUAGGUGAAGUUGCUCUAAACCUGGUCUCCAAGCCUCCGCAUAGACUCCUCGAAGAAAAGUUCAUAUCAUUAUUGCAAUCAUGUAAGACAACAAGGAACCUCAAACAAAUCCAAGCCCAGAUCACAAUCCACGGUCUUAAUCAAAACGAGUACACCACCCCUCAUUUUCUGUUGAAAUGUUUCGAAUUAAAUGAAGUUCUUCACGCUCGCCACCUGUUCGAUCAAAUUCCCUACCCAAGUUCUUCGCUUUGGAACGCUAUGUUCAAAGGUUACCUUCAAAAAGACCAGCACAGAGAGGUGCUGCUGCUUUUUCGUCGGAUGAGGAACAAGGAUGAGAGGCCCAGCUGCUAUACAUUUCCCAUAAUUUUGAAGUCUUGUGUGAAGUUAUAUGCUUUAAGGGAAGGCGAGGAAGUGCAUUGUGUCGUGGUCAAGAUUGGGCUUAAGUCUAAUACAUUCGUGGGUACUACCUUGAUUGAUUUGUAUUCUAGAGCAAGGAAAAUCGAGUCUGCUCAUAGAGUGUUUAGCGAGAUGGUUUUGAGAAAUGUGGUUUCUUGGACUUCUAUGAUUAAUGGCUAUGUUGAGAAUGGUGAUUUGGCUUCUGCAAGGAGGUUUUUUGACUUGGCACCUGAGCGAGAUAUUGUUUUGUGGAAUAGCAUGGUUGUGGCAUAUAUCGGAUGUAGGGACAUGGUAGAGGCUCAGAAACUUUUUAAUGUGAUGCCCAAUAAGGAUUUGAUGUCUUGGAAUACUUUGUUGAAUGGCUACGCGAAUUCUGGGGAUGUCGAGGGGUGUGAGAGGGUGUUUGAGGCAAUGCAGGAAAGAAACAUAUUUUCUUGGAAUGGUUUGAUUGGAGGAUAUGCUCAUAAUGGACAUUUUCUUGAAGUUCUUGGUGCCUUUAAGAGGAUGUUAACUGAGUCCGAUGUGCUACCUAAUGAUGCCACUCUUGUGAAUGUGUUGUCUGCUUGUGCUAGAUUAGGAGCUCUUGAUAUGGGUAAAUGGGUACACACAUAUGCAGAGAGCAUUGGUUAUAUUGAUAAUGUAUAUGUUGGGAAUGGUUUAAUUGAUAUGUACGCAAAGUGUGGGGUGGUCAGAAAUGCAAUUGAUGUUUUUAAGAGCAUGGAUAAAAAAGAUUUGAUAUCUUGGAACACGAUAAUUAAUGGUGUGGCAGUGCAUGGUCAGGGUGCUGAUGCCUUGAAUUUGUUUAGUCAGAUGAGGAAUGCUGGUGUAAGACCAGAUGGAAUAACUUUCAUAGGUGUGUUAUGUGCUUGCUCUCACAUGGGUCUAGUCUCAGAGGGAUUUCAUUAUUUCCAAUCUAUGACCAAUGAGUAUUUGCUUGCUCCUCAAAUUGAACAUUAUGGUUGCAUGGUUGAUCUUUUGGCUCGAGCUGGCCAUUUUGACCAGGCUGUUGAUUUUGUGCAUAAGAUGCCUAUGCCAGCUGAUAGUGUCAUCUGGACUGCAUUAUUAGGGGCAUGUAGGAUUUACAAGAAUAUUGAGGUUGCCAUACUGGCACUUCAGAAACUAAUAGAGCUCGACCCAAACAACCCUGCAAACUAUGUUAUGCUUGCUAAUAUUUAUGGUGAUGCUAAGAGAUGGAAAGAUGUGGCAAAGCAGAAAGUUGCCAUGAGGGAUACCGGUUUUAAAAAGCUUCCAGGGUGUAGCUUGAUUGAGGUUGAUGAUGAAGUGGCUGAAUUUUAUUGCUAUGAUGAGAGGCAUCCCAAGACACAGGCAAUUUAUGGAGCUUUGAAAGGAUUGAUGAAAAUAUCAAUGUCUUCUGGUUAUUUUCUGGACUUAAUGGAAACUGAUCAAUGAACCUUGGGGAAGUUGUUAACUUGUUAUUAUGUCUUGAGAUUUCCAAAUUCUUUUAUAGUUGCUGCAGGAAGCCAGUAAUUGAGAUUUCAAUUUAGACACCCAGAUGGUCAUCCCUUCAUUGCAGUUUUUCUUGAAGGAUUCUCAACGAGUAAUGAUUACCUCUGAGGCCCAGGUUCUUGAUGAUACAGAAGAGGCAAAGCACACAGCUGUGGUUGUUAAUGAACUGUCUAAGGAGAUCUCAUGCAUUCUUGUUGCCCAUCCACUAAAUGCAAAGUGGGCUGCUGAAGGAAAGAACAUUACCAAUGUUGUCCUUUUAAGAGGUUGUGGUAUUUGAAUUGAGGUGGUUUGUUUGUCUAGGUUCCUCAAUUUGAAAAGAUACAUGGGCUCUGGCCAUGCAUGGUUGCUCCUACCAAGAUUAUUGCUGGAUUGGGUUUGGCACUUGGGAUUGAUGUUCUAGAAGCUCCUGAAGCAACAGGAGACUACCGGACAAUAUUAACAUCCAAACCAACUGCCAAAGUCAAGACACUCUCAGCUCCUCUUCAAUCUUGCCUCAAUAUUUUUGUACCUGGAGAAGAUGAGCAUAAGCCUGGUAAGAUCUGAUGGCUAUGACUUUGGGUUCCUUCAUACUAAGGUCAUACAUCACUGUGUUCCUGUAAUGUUUCUCUUUGUUUGUUUGUAGGGGUGUUGAAUAUAUUUAAUUGUUUGUAAUAUUAUCCAUAAAUUUUGUGCAGUCCUUGUGCAAAGUUAACUCCUUGAGAGUAAAAAAUAAAAAAAGCAUUGCAUGAAUCAUCUAAUUGCUUGAAUUAAUUUAUCUAAUGUAACAUGUGGGAUAACAGAAGAAGGUAAAUAUUUCA